AUGGAUACGGAGGAAAGAUCGGAGAUUGCUUUCUUCGACGUUGAGACAACUGUGCCAAAGCGAGGCGAACGUUUCGCGAUUCUAGAGUUCGGGUCAAUCCUUGUAUGUCCGAAGAAGCUUACGGAGCUACGAAGCUACACGACUCUUGUCCAACCCAAAGAUUUGAGUCUCAUAUCUUCUUUGUCCGUAAGGUGCAAUGGCAUCAAGCGUGACGACGUCGUUUUGGCACCCUUGUUCUCCGAUAUCGCUGAAACUGUCUACAACAUUCUCCAUGGGAGGAUUUGGGCAGGUCACAACAUAUUGAGGUUUGAUUGUGCAAGGAUUAGAGAAGCAUUUGCAGAGAUUGGACGUACACCACCCGAGCCGAAAGGCGCUAUCGACUCAUUGGCUUUGCUAACUCAAAAGUUCGGUAGAAGAGCUGGUGAUAUGAAGAUGGCAACUUUGGCUACAUAUUUCGGACUCGGGAAGCAAACGCAUAGGAGCCUGGACGAUGUUAGAAUGAAUCUUGAGGUUCUCAAAUAUUGUGCGACUGUCUUGUUCUUGGAGUCUAGUCUUCCAGAUGUACUUGUAGAGAAUUCGGUAUCUCCAGAAACUAUUAGCUCAAGAACACGUCUCAGAGCAUCAUCCUCUUCUCGCGAGUGUAAUGCUGUAAUAAGCUCUCUUACGCUACGGCCAAUUGACGAGAACAAUGUAGUUCAGGCAGAUCCAUUCAACAUGAGCAUCUUGAGGAAUGAAAUGGCUUCCGACAACAACCUUCAAUCAGAAGACACUCUGAUGGAAGAAGAGCAAAACCAACCAUCUAACUCUGUUCUCUCUGAAAACACAAGUGACCAUGAAGGAUUCUUGGCGCCUGAAUUGAUAUCUCUUCCAAACAUCAAAGCGAUUCUUGUCCCGUUUUACCACGGAAGCGAGAUAAUGAAACUAAAGCUACUCCACGGAGCCUCCCCUCUGCAGCUCUACUGUUCUUGUCUGAAAAUACGGUUUGGAAUCAACGGGAAGUUUCUUGAUAACCGCGGGAGACGGAGGCUAAACUUUGUGGUUGAUCUAUAUCCAACCCUAUGCAGUAUACUCGAAGCAUGUGACAGUAAUGCGCAAAAACUAUCCGUUGAUUCGGGUUCUACAUCCGAAUGGAACUCGAUACUAAAUCCAACAAAGGGAUUUAUAAACUACCCUAACUCAAGGAUACAUAUACCGACAGAGAUAAAUGGAGAUGGAUCGAGGUAUGCAGCAGAGGUACACAAGAGAGAGUCCCCUGGAGGUACUGAGAAGCUAAUCUUGAGUAAUCCGAGCGUUGAGGAGCUUCAAUCGUUGCUGAAACAAGGAAGUGUAGUAGAUGCAUUCUUGUCUUUAGAACCGUAUGAUUAUCAACAGAAAGCUGGAAUUCGUCUUGUUGCUAAAAAACUAGUUAUACAUUCGUAA